AUGGGUGAAGCUAAUUCGGGAAAACUCAGCCUGAAACUCCUUGUUGACAGAAAUGCCAAGAGGGUCAUCUUCGGGGAAGCUGGAAAAGAAUUCGUGGAUUUCCUGUUCAAUUUUAUGUCUCUCCCUGUUGGAACAGUCAUUAAGAUUCUCUCGAAAGACAAGAUGGUGGGCUCGUUGGGGAAAAUCUACGAAAGCAUCGAAGCCAUGCAUGCAAAUUACAUGGAGGCGAAUGUGAACAAAGAACAUGUUCUCAACCCGAAAGUAUCAUCAAGCUCUCUUGCAAACACUCCCUUGUUGGGCUACAAUAGUACUAAUAAUGAGCGUAUCAAGUCCUCAGUGGUCUACAGAUGUACUAAUCAGUAUGCGACAUGUGCUUACACAUAUGCGUCUACCGACACGAGAGCUGUGUGUCCUUCAUGUGGAAACUACAUGAGUGUUGAACUGAUUUAUGUUCCUUGCCCGGUGGAAAAAGCGGCUAAAGUUCAGAAAGGAACAGGGUAUGUUAAAGGGUUGGUGACAUACAUGGUGAUGGACAAUCUUGAAGUGAAGCCAAUGUCGACGAUUUCAAGCAUUACCUUGCUGAGCACUUUUAAAGUUAAGGACUUGGGUGCACUGGAGACUGUGGAGGUUUUUAUUGGAAAAGAGGAGGCUGUGGAUAUGCUGAAAGCUUCUUUUGUCACUGAGAAAGUGUUGACUUCAUUGUUUCUUGGAAAUAAGAGGGCAUGA